AUGAAUAUAACAAAAUAAAAACUAGAAUCUUUAUUUGAUCUCUCAAUCAUCAUAGAGAAAAUUAAAAUUUUGGAUGAAUAACAAUCUAAUAUGUUUCAUUUAACUAAAAGACCUAAUUAUUAAUUGUAAAAGUAAUCAAAUACAGAAUUUAUUCCUCACAUUAUUAAUGAUUUCGAAAUUAAAAGGAAGUUUAAAGAAAUCUAAAAUGACUCUUUUCUAUCCUGGAAACCAAACAUAAUUAGAACCAAUUAAAAAAUAUCUUAAAAGCGUCCUUCAUAAAUUUAAAAAGUCAGUCCAUCACCAAAACCUCUAGACUUGUCGGUUGAGAAGAAAAUCCAUUCAACUACAUUUAUGAUAAAGUAAAAUAAUAAAAUAAGGACUAAAAGUACAGAUUAAAGAAUCAAACUCAGGAAAAUAGUAUAGAAUGAUAAAUUUAUUAGGAAACAAAAGAUAUCGAGGCUCAAUUUCUCGAAACCAGAAAUUUAAUAAAUAGAUUCAAUAGAAUCAAAAGAAAAGCAGUAAGAUUUAAUAUUUUAACUUGA